AAUCGCAUGGAAAUUAAUCGAUUAUAAAUAGGAAACACGAUGGUAAAAAGCAUGGGGAGGCUUACGACGGCGGCGGUGGUGGUGCUGUGGCUGUGGACGGCGGCGGUGGCGGCGGAGUACAUGAAAUACAAAGACCCCAAGCAGCCGGUGGAGGUGAGAGUGAGAGAUUUGAUGAGUAGAAUGACUCUUGCAGAGAAGAUUGGGCAGAUGACCCAGAUUGAGCGUGAGGUUUCAUCGGCAGAUGUUAUCCACAAACACUUGAUUGGGAGUAUUGUGAGUGGGGGAGGGAGUGUUCCUUGGCCAGAGGCGUCUGCAGAGGAUUGGAUCGGAAUGGUGAACGCGUUCCAAAAGGGGGCUCUGUCGACGCGUUUAGGGAUACCACUCAUCUAUGGGAUUGAUGCCGUUCAUGGCAACAACAAUGUAUACAAAGCCACCAUCUUCCCCCACAAUGUUGGCCUCGGAGUCACCAGGGAUCCGGAGCUGGUGAGGAAGAUAGGCGCUGCAACGGCUCUAGAAGUCAGAGCAACGGGGAUUCAAUACAGCUUCGCCCCUUGUAUAGCUGUGUGCAGGGACCCGAGAUGGGGCCGUUGCUAUGAAAGCUACAGUGAAGAUCACGAGAUUGUGCAGAUGAUGACCGAGAUCAUCCCCGGGCUACAAGGAGAAGUUCCAUCAAACUACCCCAACAACUUCCCAUUUGUCCAACCUAGGGGUAAAGUUGCAGGAUGUGCAAAGCAUUUCGUGGGGGAUGGUGGCACUGCCUACGGAAUCAAUGAGAACAACACGGUCAUAGGCUGGAACGAGCUGCAAGACAUCCAUAUGCCUGCCUAUUUCGACUCAAUCAGGAAGGGGGUCGCGACUAUCAUGAUCUCUUACUCGAGCUUGAAUGGAGUGAGGAUGCACGCCAACUAUGAUCUCAUCACCGGAUACCUAAAGAACACUCUCAAAUUUGAAGGCUUCGUGAUAUCUGAUAUGCGUGGCAUUGAUCGCCUCACCUCCCCGCCUCAUUCCAACUAUACUUACUCUGUUCAAGUUAGCAUUAAUGCUGGGCUCGACAUGAUUAUGGUUCCGGAUGCCUAUGAGGAGUUCAUAGGCGAUCUAACAUUGUUGGUGAAGAAGAAUGUGAUCCCGAUGAGCAGAAUCAACGAUGCAGUGAGAAGGAUUUUGAGGGUCAAAUUCAUCGUGGGGCUGUUUGAGAAUCCAUUAGCUGAUCUCAGUUUUGUUGACUAUCUUGGAAGCCAGGAGCACAGGGAACUGGCUAGGGAAGCUGUGAGGAAAUCGCUGGUUCUGUUGAAGAAUGGGAAAGAUGGAGAUGAGCCGCUUGUCCCGCUUCCAACGAGGCCGGAGAGGAUACUCGUGGCCGGAAGCCACGCCGAUGACAUAGGCAACCAAUGUGGAGGAUGGACCAUUGAAUGGGAAGGACACUCAGGAAACAUAACUGUUGGAACCACAAUCCUGACAGCUGUGAGGAAUUCUGUGGAUCCCGAGACAGAAGUAGUCUACAAUGAGAAUCCGGGGGUUGAGUACCUAACGGCCAACAACUUCUCCUAUGCAAUAGUAGUUGUGGGGGAGCCGCCGUACGUGGAGACGUCCGGUGAUAGCACGACACUAAGCCUAGAUGGGAGUGCCUAUGCAACGAUCAGCAACGUGUGUGAGGCCGUGAGGUGUGUGGUGGUGCUCGUGACAGGGCGGCCCGUCGUGAUUGAGCCAUAUCUUGGUAAGAUGGAUGCAUUGGUGGCCGCCUGGCUUCCCGGGACAGAAGGCCAGGGUGUUGCCGAUGUCCUAUUUGGCGAGUAUGGUUUUACGGGGAAACUCGCCCGUACGUGGUUCAGGACCGUUGAUCAACUGCCGAUGAAUGUCGGAGAUGCACACUAUGAUCCCCUCUUUCCGUUUGGCUAUGGACUCACAACUACCCCUACGGCUGUGAGAUCAUCACAAUAGGAUUUCAUUUCAUCAUACAACUCAUUCUUUGGUGUAUCACCAUCGAUGUAAUUCUUGUGGAUCACACGAUAUGGGAUUUGGGAUUUACUCAAAGUUUGACCACCAUUUUGCCUUUUUUGAUUUAAGAAUAUCGCAUAGAUCUUGUGCAGAUUAAUCUAUGUUUUUGUUGAACUCUUCCAAGAAUAACAUGUAUAUGUAAUACUAAUAUCAAUGGAAACUAGCUUCUCCUUUUUUUU